CCCAGCCCAAAUGGGAUACGGCCCAUUUAAAAUUGGGGCCCGAACGUCUUCCACUUUUCUCCAUUAUAAACCACCGCCAUUUCAAUUGUAUUUCCCUCCAACAAGAGACUGGGGAAAAAGGGCACCAAAACCGAAGGGAAGGGAAGAUCAGAUCGAUCGCAAUGGAAGGUGUUGCUGGAGUCGAAGAAGUGGAAAGAGGAGGAAUCGACUCGAAGACCCAAGUCCUGAAAGAUAGGUUUAGGCUCUCCGCCAUCUCCAUCGCCGAAACUGAAGCUAAGAGGAACGGCAUGGAUGCUUCGGAAGUCGUGGUGGCCUGCGUUGCUGAUUUGGCUUUCAAGUAUGCCGCAGAGCAGCUGGCUAAGGAUACUGAACUAUUCGCUCAGCAUGCAAAUCGUAAAUCUGUAAACAUGGAAGAUGUCAUACUUUCAGCUCAUCGAAAUGAGCAUCUAUCUACCUUAUUGAGGACCUUCUCCAUUGACUUAAAAACUAAAGAGCCGCAAUCUGAGAGGAAGAGAAAGAAAGCAGCCAAGAAGCAAGAGCAAGCAACAACUUAAUGUACGUACGCCAGAUAAACAUUCGGGCCUUGGAAUGUUCUUGCAUUCUGCUAUCCAAUACAUUAGCCAGGUAUCUGUCACCACAAAGUUAUUAUUCUGUUGUAGUUGUCAAGGAAGUACUUUGUGUUUCGUGAUUCCCCUUUGCCUCAGAAACCCAUCGCUGCAUCGCAACGAAGAAACAGUCACGGGCUAUAUGGUGGAUGCCUCUUCCUGCCUCGUGCCUAAGGCACGGUGCGACCACAUGAUAGACCUAUUAUUAUAUGCAAGCCUUUUGGCGCUCCGGAUAAAAAUGAAUGUUAAUGGUUUGAUGUAAAUAA